AAGGGAGGCUGUCCUAGGUUGGGGGAUCAGCAUUACUCGGAAGUCCCGGGCAUUCGGCCGCGCUUUGAGGAAAGGAGAGAUCCAAAGUUGGCGGGGCCGACGCUCCGCGACCGGCGGGCCGCGUGGCAUGCUGGGAAUUGUAGUUCGAUGCAAGUUUAGGGUUCGGGCGUGGAGGCUCCAAAAUCCAAGGUUUGACCUCAGCCUGCCCUUGCUAGUGCUUGGGCCACAGGUGAGCCGUUAUUGGCUGCCGUUAAGGACCGUUAUCACUCCUGGAUCCUUCUGGCAUUCCCGCUGCGGCCCAUCCCAGGCGGCUGAGCUUGCCCUACUCCGGUGAUUGUUCGACUUCUGGGUCGGUAGUGUCCCUGGGAAGAUGUUCUUGGUGGGCCUGACAGGGGGCAUUGCCUCCGGCAAGAGCUCGGUGAUCCAGGUGUUCCAGCAGCUGGGGUGUGCGGUGAUUGACGUGGACGUCAUCGCCCGCCAUGUGGUCCAGCCGGGAUACCCCGCCCACCGGCGCAUCGUGGAGGCCUUUGGCACUGAGGUCUUGCUGGAGAAUGGCGACAUCAAUCGCAAGGUCCUGGGAGACCUGAUCUUUAACCAGCCUGACCGGCGGCAUCUGCUCAACACCAUCACCCACCCUGAGAUCCGCAAGGAAAUGAUGAAGGAAACCUUCAAGUACUUCCUCCGGGGAUACCGCUAUGUGAUUCUGGAUAUUCCCCUGCUGUUCGAGACCAAGAAACUUCUCAAGUACAUGAAGCACACAGUGGUGGUAUACUGCGACCGCGACACACAGCUGGCGCGGCUGAUGCGGCGGAACAACCUGAACCGCGAGGACGCAGAGGCCCGGAUCAAUGCGCAGCUGCCCCUGAAGGACAAGGCCCGCAUGGCCCGCCACGUGCUAGACAACUCGGGGGAGUGGAGCAUCACCAAACGCCAGGUCAUUCUCCUGCAUGCGGAGCUGGAGCGCUCCCUGGAGUACCUGCCACUGAGGCUCGGGGUCCUCACAGGUCUGGCUGGCAUUGCCAGCCUCCUCUACCUGCUCACCCGCUACCUCCUGCCUUCCCCCUAGUGGGCGCGCCAAGGCAGGAAGCCCCAGGCCGCUGCCGC